UUCACCUUCGAAAGAGGAAGUUGCGCAUAUUCUCGCAGAGGACAACAUUAGUAGCUGGCUAGUCACCCCAGUUACAAGAAGCAGAAAACAGCUGCUGUACAGUUUGUGACAAUGAAAAUGGGAUUUGUGACCAAUCAACAAGGACAGACGAUGUAGCUCGUUUACAAGCCGACCAGCUCUUUCGCCCAUAGACUUCAUGAGGUACUCUACGGAAUUAGCGGGGAAAACUAGAAGGUUGACCAGGAUUAAACAAACGACCAGCAAAAACACCACAGAAUGACAGAUGAUGUCGUUCUGUUGAACGUACCUGUCAUCCGACAGUUGUACCACUGGGACUGUGGAUUGGCGUGUUCCAGAAUGGUCCUCAAGUACCUUCACCCAGUGAGUGAAGAGGACUUCCAGAAUGCAUGCUGGGAACUGAAGUUGACAGAGAGCGUUUGGACAAUCGACCUGGCCUACCUCAUGUCUCAUCUUGGAGUCAAACACUGCUUCUGCACACAGACUCUGGGCGUGGACAAGGGCUUCAGGAACCAGUCAUUCUACAAAAAGCAUUUUGAUACGGAAGAGGACAGAGUUAAUGAACUCUUUCUGAAAGCUGAGAGCAAGGGAGUGGUGGUCAAGAAAUGCUCUGUGACUAUCCAGGAGAUUCAGAACCACUUGGAUCAGGGGCAUGUGGCCAUUGUGCUGGUCAACGCCGUGGUGCUGGUGUGCGAGCACUGCUCGACCCCCGUAAAGUACUGCUGCUUCCUCCCCGUGGGUCAGAAGUGCUUCUGCAGGAAACCGGAGUACCAGGGCCACUUCGUGGUGGUGGUCGGCUUCAACCGCAGCACCGGGUGCAUCUUCUACAACAACCCCGCCUACUCCGACCGGGUGUGCUCCACCAGCGUCAGUAACUUUGAGGAGGCGCGAAUGAGCUACGGGACAGACGAGGACAUUCUUUUCGUCUACAAGGAGAGCUGAUUUUGCGGGAACGCCCCAGUUCCACGUCAGACCUCCCCAUCUUCACUGUGACAGAGCGGCAGUCGGCCCACGGCAGCGGACCCACAGACGUUACGGCCAGGUAGCGUGAUCCUCCUUCGGCUGUCCCCGUCACGGUGGGCAGACACCGGGAACACGUCACUGUGCAAUUCCUCACCUCUCCUGUUUCCCCUUCAAACACAAGCCAUGUUGUUUAGGUGAAAUUAAGGGAUAACAGAUCGAAAGGUUAAAGCAAACUUUGUUUUGUGAAUGAACUGAAUGUAGGACAAAAAAAAAGGCGGACGUGACAGAAUUGUCAUCAUUGAGAUUUUUUUUAUUAUAUGUUUGUAAGUGUUUAAUUAGUGGAAACCAUUAACUGACAAUGCAAAGUGUGAUGUGUACCAGAUGUAGACGUCCUUUCCCUGCACAUUAAUUAGUAUAAGGAACGGCCAUAGAUGUGGGGAAGGAACAAUGCUUAUUGACUCUCUAUGGCAAAACUUUGUCAUCGCUUUCCUGGAAGCAGGUGGCAGGUGUGAGGCACAUCCAUCAUGGGUUUGUGUCCUGAAUGAUUUUAUUUGUAUUAAUGAUGG